AUGCUUCUGGUGAACAUUGUAGUGUUCUCAGGGGCUUCGCUCGCCUUGGGGCAAUCGACGGCCAGUUGGUCCGCUGCAUACGAAAAAGCUAACGCGGCGCUGGCCAAGCUAUCCUUAACGGACAAGAUCAAUAUUGUUUCCGGCAUUGGAUGGGACAAAGGACCAUGCGUGGGCAACACGGCUGCGAUCAGCUCCAUCAGUUAUCCGCAAUUGUGUCUCCAAGAUGGUCCCUUAGGUGUUCGAUAUGGAAAUGGUGUUACGGCUUUUACCCCUGGGAUCCAAGCCGCUAGCACUUGGGAUCGGGCCUUGAUCAAGGAGCGCGGUCAGUUCAUGGCUGAAGAAGCAAAAGGUUGUGGGAUUCACGUACUGCUUGGGCCUGUGGCAGGGCCACUUGGCAAAAUUCCAACCGGAGGUAGAAACUGGGAAGGCUUCGGCGUAGAUCCCUACCUGACCGGAAUUGCCAUGGCUGACACAAUAACGGGAAUGCAGAGCGUUGGCGUACAGGCAACUGCAAAACACUUCAUCGCCAAUGAACAAGAGCUAAACCGUGAGACAAUAAGUUCCAAUGUUGACGACCGAACAAUCCACGAGCUCUACCUCUGGCCAUUCGCGGACGCUGUUCAGGCCAACGUGGCAUCAGUGAUGUGCAGCUACAAUAAGCUGAACAGCACCUGGGCAUGCGAGAACGAUAAGAUCAUUAAUCAGCUCCUAAAAAGUGAGCUCGGGUUCCAAGGCUACGUCAUGACAGAUUGGAAUGCUCAGCAUACUACUUCGCAGAGUGCAAAUGCUGGCUUGGAUAUGACAAUGCCAGGGUCUGACUAUAACGGGGGCACGGUUCUUUGGGGGUCGAAGCUCACCAGUGCUGUAAGCAGUGGCCAGGUUCAGCAAUCUCGGGUGGAUGACAUGGUUCGGCGUAUUCUUGCUGCUUGGUACCUUACAGGCCAAAACAGCGGGUAUCCAUCCAUAAACAUUCAAGCAAGCGUCCAGGGCACACAUAAAACGAAUGUUCGCAGCGUUGCAAGGGAUGGUAUCGUCCUUUUAAAAAAUGAUGGCGGUGUGUUACCUCUAAAGAAACCAGCAAAGCUUGCGCUGGUAGGCUCUGCCCAGAUCGUCAAUCCAUCUGGCCCGAAUGCCUGCACUGACCGCGGUUGCAACACUGGAGCUCUCGGUAUGGGCUGGGGGUCAGGGACUGCAAACUAUCCCUAUUUUGUAGCUCCAGCUGAUGCUAUCAAAACCCGUGCAGCAACCGAUGGCACAACGAUUACUCAAUCCACCUCUGAUAGCACAGAUUCUGUGGCUUCAACCGUCAAUGGUGCAGAUGCCGUAAUUGUUUUUAUCACUUCAAACAGUGGAGAAGGUUAUAUCACGGUUGAGAAUAAUGUUGGUGACCGCAUCAACCUGGACCCCUGGCACAACGGGAAUGCUCUCGUUCAAGCUGUUUCUCAGGCGAGCAAAAACGUCAUUGUAGUUGUGCACUCCGUCGGUCCGAUCAUUUUGGAGACCAUCCUCGCUCUGCCGAAUGUAAAAGCGAUUGUCUGGGCUGGUCUGCCAUCUUCAGAGAGUGGCAAUGCAUUGGUUGAUAUUCUGUAUGGAUCCACUUCGCCAUCUGGAAAACUCCCAUACACAAUCGCCAAGACCACAACAGAUUAUGGUACGAGCGUAUUAAGCGGCGACGAUAGUUUUAAAGAAGGUCUCUACAUCGACUACAAGCAUUUCGAUCAGGCAGGCAUCACACCACGAUACGAGUUCGGUUUUGGAUUGUCUUACACGAACUUCACCUACUCUAAUAUCGCAAUCAGCGGAACGCCGACCUCUGGUCCUGCCACUGGUACGGUUACAUCAGGUGGCCGCUCUGAUCUCUUCCAGACAGUGGCCACAGUCACAGCUACGGUGAAGAACUCCGGCGCUGUGACUGGAUCGGAAGUGACCCAACUGUAUGUUAGCUACCCUUCCUCGGCUGGAGCACCACCAAAACAACUACGAGGAUUCGCGAAGCUGCCCCUAAGCGCUGGUGUGUCCGGAACCGCGACUUUUGCGCUCAGGAGAAGAGAUCUCAGCUACUGGGAUGUGAAGCAGCAAAAUUGGGUCGUCCCAUCUGGUACUUUCAACAUCACGGUUGGAUCCAGCAGCAGAGAUAUUCGCCUAGUGACUACACUGACUGUAGCAUGA